ACUUGUUUUUAUUUUUGUUUUUGGUGGUGCUUGUUGGCUGGAAGGUUUAAGUAAAUAAUUUAUUAGUACCUAUAUGAUUGAAUUGGUGCACAGUGUAUGUGUCGGAGUAGCGUUACCUGAAUCAUGCUGUGAAUAAAAAUUAGACAGCAAGCCGGAAUUGGCACGUCGUCUGGACCUGUGGUCGUCUUUCAGUUGACCACACUUUCCACAAACACCUGUUACAAAAAAAAAAAAAAAAAAAGGCAAUGCCCCGCAACCCUGAAGAGGAAAGCUCUGGUUAUAAGAAAGGCAACAGGAAGCGAUCACAUAAUGAAAGCUCCUCUUCAGAAUCAGAGUCCAGUUUAAGAGAUGAGAUCAAACAUCGCAGAAGCCAGGAUGGUGCAUCUGUGCAAAAGUUAGGUGGCCACAAGCACAGAGAUACAUCCACUGACAGCAGCAGCAGCACAAGCUCUUCUUCAGACUGCAAGAAGAAGAAGGGCAAGCAAAAGAAAUCCAAAGACCAUAGACAGAAACACAAAUCCAAGAAGGACCACAAAAGCAUAAGGGAGACAAAAAUGAUGCAGGUCCUGUACAGUUGUCAAAGUUUUUGAACUCUGGCAAAGGACAUGACACAAACACCAGUGACAGCGACAGUGAUGAACCCCGGAGAAGUGCCAUUUCUGGCAAGAAACUGAAGCUUAAAGUCAAGAAAUCUAAAGCCGACAGAGAGAGAGAUAAGCAACGGGCAAAACUGCUUAAGUUUCUUAACUCCACCAUGUGAUUGGUUCAUUAUCCAGGUCUUUGAGAGUAGUUCAGCCCACAGCAUGAUUAAAAUAAUGUACAGAUCUCUGCCUUUUCAUCUGUGGCUGUACUAAGUGUUUUCUUUGUUGUCAUAAAUAAAUAAACUGAUUUGAAACUGGU